AUGUACGAGAUUCCAGAAUGUCUUCGUGCCGGGGCGCUGGAUCCGUGUUGGUAUGCCCAGUUGAAGAAGAUGAAGGUCGAGGGACCUCGCAUCUCAGUUCUCUGGCUGCUGAUGCGGACGUUUGGGUGGAGAUACGUCUUCAUCCUGGUAACAUUUUCCGUCUGGCUCGCAAGCCUGUCGCUGCUCCCCUUCCUCACCGAAAGCCUCUUUGAAUGGCUGGCAGAAGGCGACAGCGUCCUCGGCGGAUUGGGAUGGUCCGCAAUUCUAGUUUGCAGCUACCUCGUGAACUGCAAUGCCGCCUGUCAGUGGUAUCAGCAGACCACCUUCCUGGGCUGCGAGCUACGAGCCUCCGCAGCCAUGCUUGUCUUCCGCCGGGCGCUGCAGCUGCAGGUCCAGGAUGCCGACAAGGACGUGGCGCUCAACCUGAUGCAGGUGGAUGCCGAGCGUUUGUACAUCUUCGCGCAGCUGAACCACCUGCUGUAUGUGGCCCUCGUCGUGCUGCUCACAACUUCGGCAUACUUGAUUGCGCUGGAGGGGCCCGCGGUGGCGGCGAUGGCCAUGUCUGUGGUGAUUGCGACUUUGGUCCUCCAGAGCCUCGUGAGCCGUCGGGCCUCCCCUGCGCGGCGGCGGAUGCAGCAGUGUUCCGACGAGCGCAUCUCGCUGUUGGCCGAGGUGCUCGAUGCUGUGCGAGUUCUGAAGAUGUAUGGCUGGGCGCACCACCUUCAAGGCCGCAUCGAGGAGAUCCGGCGUCGGGAGCUGCGGGCCGCUGCCUUCUACCUGGGUUUGAGGGCUUUCAGCAGUGCAUUGCUCUACUGCUCGCCCCUGCUAUCCAUGCUGGCUGUCCUGACCAUGAUGCAUCUCCAGGACAAGGAGCUGUCGGCGGAGCGGGUUUUCCUGAUCUUCACGACCGUGGGCUUGGUGCGAGCUCCUCUCGGAGGCGUUGCCAUGGGCUUCACAGCCGUAGUCGACGGGCUCGCCGCCUUUCGCCGUCUGGACGCGUUUGUGAGCCAGAGAUCCUUCGACCUCUACCAGGAGGACCUUCGUGAUGCGGAAGCUGCGAAGGUGCAGACCGCGGAGGCGCCGGAGGCGGCGGAGGCUGCAGAGGUCUGCGAGGCCGAGAUUGAGGGAAGCUUUGCCCACGGCUCGGAGAAAAACUUCGAGCUCACCGCCGACCUGACCCUGCGCCCCGGUGAGCUGGUGGCGGUCUGCGGCCGAGUUGCCGCGGGGAAGUCCUCGCUUCUCUUGGGGCUCCUGGGUGAGCUGCAGUCGCUGGGCGGGCGCCAGGCGCUUCCGGGAGGUGUGGCCUACCUGGCGCAAUCGCCCUGGAUCCGCAGUGGCACGGUCCGGGAAGUCGUUGUCCAGGAGCUGCCGUUCGAUGAGAAGAAGUACUGGUGCGCGGUCCGUGCCGCCCAGCUUGGCCCAGACCUGCGCGAGUGGACGGGCGGGGAUCACCAUGCUGUUGGCGCCCGUGGCACCACGCUCAGUGGAGGACAACGGACAAGGUUGGGCCUUGCACACGUCCUGUACCGCUGCCUGGUGGCGGACGUGCGCCUCGUGCUCUUGGAUGACUGCCUGGCCGCCGUGGACCCUCACGUGGCCAGGGCCAUCUGUGAGGAAGCCUUGCUAGGCAUUCUUCUCCAAGAGGGGCGAUCCGUGGUCAUGGUGAUGAACUCCAACUUUGUGGCGCUCCGUGCAGCAUCCCGGAUCGUGAAUAUGGAGCAUGGGCGGGCGUCGAUGUACACCAGCGUACAAGCGUGGAUAGCUGACUGCUCUCAAGCAACCAAAGAGUCCUGCUUGCAGACCUUGGCCGACAUCAAGGCGCGACCGCCUUCGGAUGCAGGCGACAAUUGCUCUGCGGAGGAGGGAGAUGUUCUAGAAUGCGCUGAGCAGUCGCGCACAGGGGUGCUCAGCACCAAGACCCUCACCUACUACUUCGGGUCCGGUCGGCAUGCGGCAGGAGUUGUCUUCUUGUACUUCAUUCUGAUGAGCAUGGUGGCAGUCGAGGGCCUCCGUAUUUAUUCCGACUACUUCAUGGGUGUCUGGGCUGCGCGUGAUUUGGCCAACACUGCAGCGGAGUCCAGCGAGGACUUCCAGACAUUCUGCCUGUGGGUGCUGCUGGCUGUUUUCGGCGCUUUUCUGCGGGGCUGGUUGGUGAUCCAUGUUGCGCUCAAGUCGUCGGAGAACAUCCACCACCGGCUCCUUGAGCGAUUGAUGUCGGCACCCAUUGGCCUCUUCGACACCACACCGCGCGGGCGCAUCCUGGGCCACUUCUCGAAAGACCUGGACGCGGUGGACGCGCUGCUGCCCCAGUACUUGCUGGACUUCCUGCAGGACAUGACGAUGCUCCUGGGUAUUGUGGUCGUAUGCGUGUGGUCGACGCCGCUUGCCGCUCUGGCGGUUGUCCCAGUUCUCUUUGGCUUCUACAAAAUCCGGCACUUCUUCAGCCGCACCGCGCGGGAAGCCAAGCGCCUCGACGGCGUGACCCGGGCGCCUCUCUACUCGGCCAUGGGCGACGUCGCAGAUGGGUUGGCCACCCUGCGGGCGCAUGGGCAGCAGGAGGGUCUGGUGAAGCAGUUCCAAGCUCUGCUCGACCGGAAUGGCAAGGUCUUCUUCCAGACGUACAUCCUGCAGCCCUGGUGCAUUCUGGUCCUGGAUAGCCUUGGCUCAGCGAUCGUCUGCAUCGCCUGCGUGUUUUGUGUGCUACUCCGCGACAGCCUUCCAGCCAGCACCUCAACGAUGGCGAUCUCCUAUGCCUUGAUGACGAGGGGGAAGCUGCAGUUCUGCAUUCGACUCUCCAUCGAGGCCGAGAACCAGCUGGUGGCCGCGGAACGGCUGGCGCAGUUCGAGGCGGUGAUCCCCGAAGAGCCUGCCGAGGGCACAGCCCCACCUGGAGAUUGGCCAAGGGAAGGCAAGCUCACCUUCGAGUCCGUUUCCAUGCGCUACAGGGCAGAUCUCCCGCAGGUGCUGAAGGGCUUCGAUCUCCAGGUCACUCCCGGUCACAAGGUGAGCCUGGUGGGCCGCACGGGCAGCGGCAAGUCCAGCCUCCUCGGGGCCCUGCUGAGAGUGGUGAACCUGGAUGCAGGGCGCAUCUGCAUUGACGGCCUGGAUAUUGCGAGCGUACCUCUGCAAACCCUGCGCAGCGCAGUAUCUCUGAUUCCUCAGGAGCCCGUGCUCUGGAGCGGCUCCGUGGCCGAGAACCUGGAUCCCACAGGCUGCCUUCCAGAGGAUCAGCUCCGGGCAGCGCUGGCCAAGAUCCACUUGGACUCCAAGCUCGACGCAUUGGGCGGCCUUGCGGCGCGCGUGGAGAGGAGUGGAGGGAACUUCAGCCUUGGCCAGAGGCAGCUGCUGUGCAUUGCGAGAUGCAUUGCAAGAAGCAGUCGGGUCGUUCUCGUGGAUGAAGCAACAUCCUGUGUUGAUGGCGAAACGGACGCGAUCAUUCAGGAGGCUCUCCGCACCCAGUUCUACAACUGCACAAUGCUGGUCGUGGCGCAUCGGCUCCAGACGAUUAUGGAUGCCGAUCUGGUUGCUGUGCUGGAUGCGGGAUGCGUCGUUGAAACAGGCCACCCGGCAACGCUUUGCGCGGACCCAACGACUCGCUUCGCGCAGAUGGCCGCGCGGGCUCCAGCAGAGGCUGGGGCCUCGCGAGGCACCAUGCUGAGCUUGUAG